GAGUAUCCUUUUCGCAUCUAAAACAUAUAAUGUCGAUUACUAUAGCGAGAAACAUAGCCCUACAAGUGUUCCGAUAUAUUGUCUGGCGUUGAUUCUCAGAAGAGAUCUUUGUGUCGCUGCAGCCAGCUGCGGUUAUUAUUUGAUCCACUGCUAUUUUUAACGCAUAUCACUCGCUCUACAAAUACACUGCAGACUUGAUUUAAAGCGUGUAUUCUAGUGGCUCUCUAGCACACAAGAGCCUGCGGGAUUUAAGCUCUCUCUCUCUCUUUGGCCGGGAGCUUGAUAAAACAGCUCCCCUCCCCCAAGCUUUGGCGAAACAGGAACAACUUCUUUGAGAGAGAAAAAAAAGGGCUGCACAAGUUUGGGACGUCUUGGAUCCGCCGUUUGGCCAUUUGUAGUCCGGAGCUGAGAUUUUUUUCCUACACCGAUACUUUGGGUUUCACCUAGGAUUGCCGGAGCCCUUUGUUAGCGAGAAGGCUCGGGCAUCCAUGCUCUUGAAUUUUUUUUCUUUGGAAAAUGGGAUACCUCUAGGAUGAUUAUAAUGAGGGGAAUGCGCUCGCUUGUGGAAUAACUUCACUUUUUUCCCCCCAGUGGGAAUGGAAUUCCCGGAGCCCUGAUUUAUUUUAGCAAUUGCAAAUGCAAUGGGAAAGGUGCUUUAUGAGGAAUGUUUGCUGUUGCCGUGCUCAACAUGGGUGUUCGGAUAGAGUCUGUGAUCUCCUGAGCUCACUGGUUUAAUCUACGGGAGAAGAGGCGCUUUAACACGCUAUUUACAGUGGAAAUUAUUUGCAUGAUCUUCAGAUGAGGGAGAACGGGAGACUCUGAAACCUGAGGGGUUUUCAAGAUCGUAGUGCGGUUGGUGGUGUUCUGUUGCAGUCAGUGCAGUCAUGGCCACAGCUAUAUCGUGACAUAGAGGGACAUGUGUGGCCAGGGGCUGUGAGGGCUCCUCGGGGAGACUCCAGACAAGCCCACACAGAGAAUGCUGGAGGUGCAGGAGGAGAGACCAGCAGCAGCCACAGCCACGGCAACCACCGCAGCUACCGGAACCACAGGAAACGCUUCGGGCAGGAAGGAGAGGGCCAAAGAACGGCAAGAGGAGGGCCAGGACUGCAGCAGCCCUGUCGCAACCCCCAAUACUGGGCCCCGGAGCACCCGGGCCAAAGCUACGCCCACCACUACACACACACACACACAUACAUACACCCCCAGUCCCCACCAGCACUCUACUGCUCCUGCCUCUGUCGCACUGGGAUUGACGUCAAUGCAUUCCAGCAACCCCAAAGUGAGGAACUCUCCAUCGGCUAACACUCAGAGCAGUCCGAAAUCCAAGCAGGAGGCCAUGGUGAGGUCGCCACCCGUGAUGUCGCCCUCCAGCGCCGCACAGAUGGACUCCAAACUGCCCAACCAGGGAAAGCAAGGGGGUGCCGGCAGCCAAUCACAGCCUUCUCCUUGUGACCCCAAGUCGCUGAGUGGAAGCCACACACCCAAAGGUCCCCAAGGCCCCAUAGGGAGUAUGGGACUCAAAAAUGGACAAGGCCUGAGUUCAGGCAAUGGGGCAAAAGGCAAGAUUAAAAGAGAGAGAAGCACUUCAGUGGAGUCAUUCGAACAAAGGGAUACAGGAACGCCAAACAAUGAAGGGGACCAGAAAGAAAUGGGCAGUAGAGCAAAAAGGUUAUGUGUUGGAGAGCGACGGUUGCCAUACAGCGGUGCAGACUGGUGUUCAGGGGGAGAGAGUGAUGAAGAUGACGCAGGAUUCUUCAGUAUGUGGUUUCAGUAUUUCGUUUUUUGUGUAUAAUAAAACUAAUUUAAA